ACUAAUUAAAAAUAGAGCUCCACCUUUCCAUGCAAAUCCAUUCUUGAAUCUGGCCAUGUUCACGACCUAUAAAUCCAUGGCUUCCCUAGCCCGUCCCACUCAGGGUCCAGCUCCAAACUGUGAGCUUUUUUCCCCUUCUCUUCUCCUCUCUCUGGAUACUUCUCAUUCACCAGCCACCACAACACACACACACACAUGGCUGAGCCGCAUGGACGUUUGAGCAGCAGCAUCAGCAGGAGAAAGAGCAAUCGCUUCACCAGCAAGUGUGCAGCCUUGGUGAAGAAGCAGCGGGCCAGAAUGUACAUCCUCCGCCGCUGCGCCACCAUGCUUCUUUGCUGGUACAUUCAUGGAGAUGAUUAACUAGCUAUCAGCCCUUUUAGCUAGCUCUGCCUUAAUUUACAUAUAACUAGUACUAUAUGCAGCUUCUUGUUUUUCCUUUUCCCUGUUAAGAUCAAUUCUCAGAAGAGCAGCCCUCGAUAAGAGCCAACUCCAUUAUCCUGCUUUCCCCUCUUUGUCAUUGGGGCAGUCCGGUCUGGUUCCAGAUGGGUCAGUGUUGUAGCCAGCCUUCUGGCACUUCUUAUGAGCCCUCCUUUGUUUAACUUUUUACCCAAUUGUUGGCAAAGCAUUGGGUUUUUUGGGCGCAUUAAGAAGCUUAUGGCUGCAUUCUGCUGCUUUUUAACAAACCGGCCAAGAUGGAUCGGUGAACGCUGAGGCUAAAAGGGAGCUUUCCGGCAUCUUCAAUGGUUCUCAGAUGAUAGCCAGCUCCUGGCACAAAGAAAGGGUUUUAAUAUGUACAAGUGCUAGCUGUGAUAUCUAUAUGUGUAACUAGCUUCCUCUCUGUAAUUCUCCCCUCUCCCAGGCAUAUAUAUCUGUAUGAUCAUGAAGGGAAUAAGAUUCAGAAUAAGAAUGUGGAGGGGUGUUGUCAUCUAUGUAUCCAAUUGUGAGAAUAAAAGCUUAUG